GUCACGUAGUGUGGCAGAACCCGGAUGUUCACGGCUAAUAGCGCAGCUACACAAAAAAAAACAAAAGGGAAAGUAGCUGCUCUGUCUGGUGUCUGAUGUAUAGAAGCACUCAUGAAUACUCGCCGGCGCCACAAUCCUAGGAGCAUCCAGGACGGGGUUUACACUGGGCCUUCACAGACCCAGACCCAGCUGAUCCAGUCACUGGAGACUCCUCUGUCUGUACCUCUUCCUUUUGCCCCUCCUGUAGACCCCAUCAGCAUGUCCUGCCGGGACCGCACCACUGAGUUUCAGUCUGUGUGCAAGUCACUGCAGGGGAGACAGAAUGGAGCACAGGGCAUUAAACCAGUCCACAACACUAUCAAGCAGAGGAGUGACUUCAUGCUCAUGGCCAAGAGAAUUGGCAGGGACCUAAGCAACACCUUUGCAAAGUUGGAAAAGCUCACAAUAUUGGCCAAAAGGAAAUCCCUUUUUGAUGAUAAACCAGUGGAGAUUGACGAGUUGACAUAUAUUGUGAAACAGGAUAUUAACAGCCUAAACAAACAGAUAGCACAACUCCAGGAGCUUGUCCGAUCCAGAAAUGGCCAAAACAGCAGACAUCUUCAAACACAUUCCAAUACUAUUGUUGUAUCGCUGCAGUCAAAAUUGGCAUCAAUGUCAAGCGACUUCAAGUCAGUUCUGGAAGUGAGAACAGAGAACUUGAAGCAACAGCGAAGCAGGCAAGAGCAGUUCUCUCAGUCGCCAGCCUCUACAUCCUCCUUCCAUAACUCCAGCUUUACUGACAAUUCAGUGUUGAUGCAGGAUAAUUCCAAAAAAGCAGAUAUCUCCAUAGACAUGGAUCUCCGUUCCAGCCAGCAGAUGCUACUCCUUAAUGAGAAGGACUCUUUUAUUGAGGAACGAGCAAACACCAUGCAGAACAUAGAGACUACUAUCGUAGAACUGGGAUCUAUAUUCCAGCAGUUGGCCCACAUGGUGAAGGAACAGGAAGAGACGGUUCACAGGAUUGACUCUAACGUAGAAGACACUCAGCUCAAUGUGGACUUGGCUCAUUCGGAAAUCCUCAAGUACUUUCAGUCCGUCUCCAACAACCGCUGGUUGCUCAUCAAAAUCUUCCUCAUUCUCAUCAUUUUCUUCUUCAUCUUUGUUGUCUUCUUGGCCUGAACACUAUGGAUGACAUGACAAUUCAGGACUGAUUGGCUACUAAGAAGCCUUUCUUGAAAGAAUGGAACAAGUAGGAAGUUAACAUGCAAAAUAAAGCAAGCAUCCUUUGACUUUGGUGUGACCAGAUGCAAUACUGUAGAGCAUACUUAAAUAACGUGACUUUACAGAAUCCGCACCUCGUGGAUCAUGAGCAGUGUUAUCUGAUAGUAUACUAAAUAAACUUGGUAAUACUGUCAGCAAGUUAUUUUUUUGUGGCCAAAAGAAUUUGGUUGUAACCAUUGAGUAAUUUCCUUAGCUUAGAAGACAGGGUAGCUACACCAUUACUGUUGUAAAUAGCUUCUUUAUUUCAUCCUUUUAAUGAUCAUUAGGCUUUGGGAAUAAUAUCAAUAGCGUGUAAGCAUGUUUGCACUAUGAAUCAGAGCCAUGUUUAUGUCAAGACAGGAUGUAGAUUUGGGCAAAACUCUUAAAUAGGGCACUGUGCCAAUUGUGCCUCAUUUAAAACUAGCUUACUCAGGAGAUCGAAAGUUGGCUAUGUCACUUGGUGGAACAGAAGGCAUUCACUCAGUUCCCUGUCAAUUACAGCAACACAAGCCAGUCGUAUGCUUCAGUGAGCUCAUGUAUGCAAAAGUGUACGAAUACUUCACGUCACAGAGUUUUUAUCCAUCAUGGAGGCGUGAUGGUGAGAGUGCCGGCUAUUUCGCAAGACCAUAUCAGGGAGAGAAUGGAGGGAAAUAAAUAAUACAUUUAUUUGGUCAAAAUGCAUUUGGUCAAAAUUGGAAGAUUUACUAACAAUUUACCCAAUUUUUUUAUAAUAUUUCCUCCAGGAAUAUUUUAGAAAGAAAUUACUGCAUUUUCUUGUAUGUUUUAUCACAGUUGAAUGUUUUAUUUCAGAUCAAAAAAUGCAGUUAUACGGAUUAAAAUUUAAAGACGAAAGUAUACACUAACUCGCUGUUUGUGCCGACGUUCAUCCACUUCCUAAAACAUACAGCAGUACUGUGAAACAGGGAAUAAACAUCCAUUAGGAAAAUGACAUGACCUAAACAGAUUAUUAUUUUAUUUCUUGUUCGAUAUGUUUUUCCCUAUUUGUCCACUAUUUUUUACACUUCAUACCGCUUUUUUAAAGAGUGGUACCAACUUCUCAUGGCUUCUUUAUUCAUUCCGGUCUGUAAUUUUUUGACAAAGCUACAAUUCCAUAAAUUUUGUUCUAAAAUUCGAUCACAUUGUCUAUUUUACAUUCUAACAGUAAUUUUGAUGUAACAUCGAUCAGUAUCUUGAAUUAUUUAUGAGAAAAUAAACGUACUCUUCGUAA